CGGAGGCGUGCCCGUGGCGCUCAUGAAUAUGCAUGAGCAGCGCCGCUGGAGGCCCCGGUGAGUCACGAGAGAGGCGGCGGCAGCAGCGUGAGACCCGCUGGGACAGUAACCCCUCCCCCCCGCCCGCUCUGCGCCCCCCACGUGUGUCCCCGGCCCGCCCCCGACAUGAGGCUGAUGUGGGGAAGGGGCUGACCCCACGCCUUGCCCCCCACAUCCCCGCAUCACCAUGGACUCCCAGCCGCAGUCCCUGCACCCCGCCGUGCCCUGCACCUCCCCUGCCGGCACUGGGGGGCCCGGGCUGGCAGGCAGCCCCGAUAAAGGCAGCGCUCGCCCCAAGCCGCCGGUGCGGCCCAAGCCCCGCGUGCUGCCCAAGCCGGCCGUGCCCACCAAGCCCCCGGUGCCUCCCCCCGCGCCGGGCCCGCGGCACCCCCGGCCCGAGCUGCCCUCGGCAGAGAAGAUGAACCGCCUGGCCGGGCCCCAGCCCUACAGCGCAGCAGGCACGGGGGGCCCACUCCGGCGCCCCUCCUUCACUGUCAGGUCACCCGAGACCCCCAAUGGGAAGGGGCUCCCGUCGCCCCUGGUCGCAGGCACCGAGGAGGAGGUGCCCGCGGCCCCGCCAACCCCCUCCCGCAAGGGCCCGGCUCCCUUCAAGGUGACGCCAGUGCCGGUGGCUGCCAGGCCGGAGCGGUUCCCGGGCACCACCGUGGAGGAGAUCCUGGCCAAGAUGGACAGCAGGGAGGGCCCAGGCAGCCCAGACCGGGCCUGGCUCUCACCCUUCUGCACCGACCCCUCCUCCCGCUUUGGCUCCAAGACCUUUGCUGCCUUCCGGAAGCGUCCCAGCGGGGAGGCAGAUGGAGACCCUGCUGGCGAAGCCCCCCAGACGCCCCGACCUGCAGCAGGCGAGCUGGGAGUGGAGGAUGAUGGACACCCCGUGGCUGAGAUGAGCAGCUCCCCCCCAACCGGGCUGAGCUGUGCUGGGGACCCCCGCAGACGCCCGAGGCCGCCGUCCCCUCCUGAUCUUUCCACUCUACAGCUGGGUGCCCUCGGACCUCCAGGUUCCCCAAGGCCCCCCAGCUGCCCAGCCCCAGCCCCAGCCCCAGGAGCUCCUUUCCAGCCUGCAGAGCCCUCUGCCCCAGCCCCUGGCUCCCCUGAUGCCGCCGCUGAGCUCCUGGCCCCUGACUCCCCCACACUGCCCCCUGGCUUCCCAGAAUCCCCCACUCGGCCUCCAGUUGAGGUCCCUGUCACCUCCAUCCAAGCCCCAGGUGCUCCCUCGGCCACUGAACCCCAGCACAGCAUCUCCCAUUCCCCUGGCUCCCCACACACUCCAGGGGAGGGAUCCCCUGGCACUGCCAGCCCCCCUGGCACUCCUGAACUGCCCCCACGAGUCACCUGCCCCCCUGGCUCUCCUGAGGCUGCUGCUGAGUACCUGGGCUUCCCCAGCCCACCCCUUGCCAAAGCCUCUUGUCCCCCAGGCUCCCCAGAGGGACCUGAUGACUCUGCAGUGUCCCCACUAUCUCAUGAGGGUCCUGAUUUCAAGCCCCCUCCCCGGGAUGUGGGGCUCCGGCGCUCCUCAGAGGGAGUGCUGCGGCCCCCACCCACAGGACAGGGCCUGGGGGAGCUGGGGGGCUCGCUGAGUGCCCUGCCCCACCCUGGAGACCUCCUGUCAGAGCCCUCCCUGGGCAGUGAGUCCGGCUGGAGCCUUUCCCAGUCCUUUGAGUGGACAUUCCCAUCACGGGGGACACGCUUGCCGGCCUUCCCUCCCCGUUCCCCCAUCCGAGAGACACCUGACUCAGGGCUCUCUGAAGAGGGGGAGUCAGAUGGGGAGGCUGCAGCCCCCAGCCCUCCAAAGGACAGCAGCUCUGAAGGACCUGACAGCCAGCAGGCAGAGGGGGCUCCAUGCCCAGGGGGUCCCGUGGCCCAGCGAGAGGCUGAAGGCUCAGCAGAGGAGGAGGAGGAGGAUGAAAGGGAGGCAGAGCAGGAUGCUCCAGUGUCCCACUCCCCACUUCAUGUGACAAAGCCUGGCCAGGACCCAGCUGAGCCUGAGUCCCCCACCCAGCCCAGCGUCACCACACCCUUGGAUCCAGCUCCCCCAGAUCUAGCUGCUCCAGCUGACUUAGCCUGGGCAGGUGAUAGCCCCAAGAGCUUGCAGGGUCCCGGGGGCCCAGGCCAGGCUGAAGGACCCUCGCAGGACCCUGACCCCCACACCGACCCGGGCUGGCUGACAGAGCUGUUGGCGUCACCUGGGGUCCGUGGCUCUCCGGAGCAGAAUCUGCUGGGCUGGUCAAGGAAGGACCUCUGCAGUGAGUUUGGCAUUGGCCACCCUCGCCAGGACACCACCUUUGACUGGAGCCACCCAGGUGUGUCGAGGGAGAGGGACUGGCCUGUUGAGACCAAGCAGGACCAGGAUUUUGAGACCAAAUCCAGCUGGGACAGCACCCGCGGUGACAAGGACAGCAAUGCCCCGGAGAGCUGGAGUGGUGACUACAGAGCGACAGAGCUGAUGAGGGACAUGAAACUGGGCUGCAGUGACUGGUCCCAGUCCCUUGGCACUGGGAAGAGCUGCCCACAGGAUCCAGACUUCAGUGCCAGCACAGCCAAGUGGGGCCAGGGCUAUGGCAGCACGGAGGAGCUUGGCUCUGGACAAGCCAACUGGAGCAGUGGCCUUGGCACGGGACAUGUCCAGCAGCUGGACAAGGAGCCACGCUCUGGGCAGCCCACCUGGGCCGGCAGGUUCAGCAACAGGGACACGGAGAUGAAGGACAGGGAGCUCACCCCAGACUGGGCCAGCAAAUACAGCAGCCAGGAUGCUGGGAGCAAGGAGGAGAAUUUAACGCUUGGCUGGGCUGGCAGAUCCAGCACUGGGGACACUGGAAGCCCAGAUAAGGAGCUCAGCCCUGGCCAGACAGCCUGGGACAGGAGGUGUGACCCUAGGGACAUGGAAAGCCAGGACUGGGAGUUUAGUCCCUGCCGGCCAGCCUGGACUUCGGAAUACAGGGACACAGAAAGUCAGGACCAGGAGUUCAGCCCCAGCCGGCCGGCCUGGACUGGUGAAAUCAGGGACAUGGAAAGCCAGGACAGGGAGUUCAGCCCCGGGAGACCAGCCUGGACUGGUGAAUACAGGGAAAUGGAAAGCCAGGACCAGAAGUUCAGCCCCAGAAGGCAGUCCUGGAAUGACAGAUCCAGCACCAAGGACAUGGAGAGCCAGGACCAGGAGUUUAGCCCCAGCAGGCCAGCCUGGGAUGAUAGAUCCAGGACCAGGGACACAGAAAGACAAGACAGGGAAUUCAGCCCCAGCAGGCCAGCUUGGGAUGACGGAUCCAGCACCAGGGACACAGAAAGCCAGGACCAGGAAUUCAGCCCCAGCAGGCUGGCCUGGGGUGACAGAUCCAGCACCAGGGACGUGAAGAGCCAGGACCAGGAAUUCAGCCCCAGCAGGCCAGCCUGGGAUGAUAGAUCCAGGACCAGGGACACAGAAAGACAGGACAGGGAAUUCAGCUCCAGCAGGCCAGCUUGGGAUGAUAAAUCCAGGACCAGGGACACAGAGAGCCAGGACCAGGAAUUCAGCCCCAGCAGAGCAGCCUGGGAUGAUGGAUCCAGGACCAGGGACACAGAAAGACAGGACAGGGAAUUCAGCUCCAGCAGGCCAGCUUGGGAUGACAGAUCCAGCACCAGGGACACAGAAAGACAGGACAGGGAAUUCAGCUCCAGCAGGCCAGCUUGGGAUGACAGAUCCAGCACCAGGGACACAGAAAAACAGGACAGGGAAUUCAGCCCCAGUAGGCCAGCCUGGGAUGAUAAAUCCAGCACCAGGGACACAGAGAGCCAGGACCAGGAAUUCAGCCCCAGCAGGCCAGCCUGGGAUGAUAGAUCCAGGACCAGGGACACAGAAAGACAGGACAGGGAAUUCAGCUCCAGCAGGCCAGCUUGGGAUGACAGAUCCAGCGCCAGGGACACAGAAAUACAGGACAGGGAAUUCAGCUCCAGCAGGCCAGCUUGGGAUGACAGAUCCAGCACCAGGGACACAGAAAGACAAGACAGGGAAUUCAGCCCCAGUAGGCCAGCCUGGGAUGAUAAAUCCAGGACCAGGGACACAGAGAGCCAGGACCAGGAAUUCAGCCCCAGCAGGCUGGCUGAAGCCCGUGAAUGGAGCACCAGGGACCUGAAGACCCAGGAUACGUUCAGUCCCAGCAGAGCAGCCUGGGAUGAUGGAUCCAGGACCAGCGACACAGAAAGACAGGACAGCGAAUUCAGCCCCAGCAGGCCAGCCUGGGAUGAUAGAUCCAGCACCAGGGACACAGAGAGCCAAGACCAGGAAUUCAGCCCCAGCAGGCUGGCUGAAGCCCGUGAGUGGAGCACCAGGGACCUGGAGACCCAGGAUGCGUUCAGUCCCAGCAGAGCAGCCUGGGAUGGCGGAUCCAGCACCAGGGACCUGGAGAGCCAGGACCACGAAUUCACAUCCAGCAGAGCAGCCGUGGAUGGCAGGCACAGCAUCAGGGACACGGAGACCCAGACUGGGGAGUUGUUCAGCCCCAGCAGAGGUGUCUGGGGUGACAGAUCCAGCACCAGGGCUAUGGAGCCCCAGGACAGAGCGGCCCGGGAUGGGCAGCGCAGCUCUGUGGCCCCCAGGGAGGAAGAGCAGGAGCUGAUGCCAGCCCGGCUGAGCUGGCCGGGGGAGGGCAGCAUCGGGCAGACAGGGCUGGUUGGGGUUGGUGAGGAGGACGUGCCCAACUCCCACCACCCUGAUCUCCCGGUGCAGGAGCCCACCUGGGGCAGUGCCCACCUGCAAGAGCGUGACAGCUCUGGCAGCAGGGACUGGGCUGAGGAGCUUGGAGCAGCUGAGUACCAGAACCAGUUUGGUGUCAUUGGGACAGAGCGGCUGGCAGACCCCUGCGGUGCCGGAGCCUCGGAUGGCUCCAUGUCCAGGGUCCUGCCUCAGCCCCAGGCAGGCUUGCACAGGGAUCUUUCUCUGGACAUGGGCAGUGCCCACUGGAGCCAGGACCUGGACAGCUGGAGUGUGGAACCGCGGGAUUCUGAGGCCAGGCGCCAGGAGUGGGCAAGUGCCUUCAGUGCCCGCUGUGCCGCCCGCAGUCGUGACCUUGGUGCAGAGGAGCAGAGCCUGGGAGGGGCCACCAGCGCAGAGCAUGGCAGGUCCACCCCCAGCCCUUUGAUGGAUGACAUUCCAGCACAUCCCUCAGCUGUGGAGCCCCCCCAGAGUGAAUCACCCAACCCCUCUGAGGAAGAGAGGGAUCCCUCUGAGCCAACUGCUGCCCCACAGAGCCCCAGAACCCACCCUCUGCUGUCAGAGGCUUCCAGUGGGAUCCCAGCAGACACAGGAAGUGAGGAACAGCCCUCAGACCACCCAGAUGGGGAGUGCUCCUCGAGCUGUGGGGAGCAGCGGCACUCUCUGGCUACCCCCCAGCCCGAGGGGUCCAUGGAGCAGGGGCAGGAAUUUCCUCUUCUGGAGGACACAGAGCUCCUGGACAGCAGCGUGCUGCGCUGCAAGGCCAGCCUGGGCCGCAAGCGCCAGCACCGGGCGCCGUCCCUGCGCCCCGCCACCACCGAGGGGGAGAGCUGGAUCUUCCGGGACUCCACGGAGCCCCGGCCAGCCCCGGCAGCGUCCUCUGAUGAGGAGGCAGUGGAGGAGCCCCGGAGCCGGCGGAUGCGCGGCUCGCCCUCGGGCAGGGGAGUCAAGGUGCCACUCUUUCCUGGCCUCAGUGCCUCCGCCAUCAAGGCCAAGCUGAGGGGUCGCAACCGCUCGGCCGAGGAGGGGACAUCGUCAGGGGAGAGCAAGGGGACCCCUCCUAAGGACCCCCAUGUGCAGCGCUCCAAGUCCUGCAAGAUCCCUGGUGUCAGUGGAAAACCCCCAACCCUGCCCCCCAAGCCAGAGAAAUCCUCAGGGUCUGAGGCAUCUCCCCCCCACUGGCUGCAGGCGCUGAAGCUGAAAAGGAAGAAGCCUUGAGCGGGGCUCACUCCCCGAUGCUGAUGGCUCGCUGUCCCCGUACCAGGGCUGUCCCCGUACCAGGGCUGUCCCCUCCCGUGGGGACACACACACACACCUAUGCACUUUGUACGAGCUCGCAGGGUCCCUGUCUUCCUAACACCUCCUCCUCAUCCCCCCCAUUGUAUCCUGUCUCCUUGGUCCCCAAGGGGUUUGGGGUGGGCACAACAUCCCCCUUCCCCUCCCCCCUGCUCAUGUAUGGCCCUGGACACAGGGCAACGGGUCCGGCUCGUGGUGCCACUGCCACAGACAAUAAAACCUCGCUGGUCA